GCGUGCUGGCCCGGGUCCACGUGCCAUCGGCCACGGCAAGAUCCGUAUCCCGUGGGCUAUGGCCGAGCACUGUGCGCUGCUGCUUGGCUUGCAGGUCUACGGCGAGGGUAGUCUCCGCCACGUCGCGCGCCGUUUUGUCAAGUCGCGGACCAUGGCCCAGGUCACCGCACACUGCCGCAAGUAUCUGGCGGCGUGGCGCGAGGCGCCGCGGAGCAAGCUGCCGCUGGCAGCGCGAAGCAGCGCAGAAGACAUCGAUCUGGAGGAUGUGCUUGCUGCGCGGGAUGCCCCAGGCGAUCCGGCAUCGGCCGUCCUAUUCAAGGAGCUCCAGGCGUAUCUGGUCCACUACGCCGAGGCCGAGCCUGUUGCUGGCGUGCGUAAUGCUCGGAUUGACCCACCCAUCUCGUUCUCGGAGCACGUGUUUUACUUGCUCGCCUGCCUCAGCGCGCCCAACGCUGGUUUGCUCACCGCCAGCCAGCACCGCAAGGCAAUGAUCAAGUACUGGCGGCAGAUCGCGCGGACAUGGCCGCAAUUUGAGCGCGCUGGAGAUGAGUGGCAUCACCAUCACACUAGCUACAUUGCAGCGCGAAAAGAAACCGGGCCGGAGAGCCCGUCAACUGUCGUCGGCCUCGCCGCCACCAAGCGGCGGGCGGCCCGGCGGGCGUCGCUUGACGCGCGAGCCUGCAUCCGCAGCCUUGACGCUGCAACCUUCUCAGGCUCGGGCCCAGGCUCGGGCUCGGGCUCGGGCUCGGGCUCGGGCUUGUCGUCGGACUCAUCGUCGGCGUCGACAUGGGAUCCUAACGCAUCGGACUCGCCGUCGUCGUCGUCCGACGGCACGCUAUCGUCCGGUUCGAGCUCGGGCGGCAGUGGCAGAGGCAGGCCGGCCAGCUCGCGUCGUGGGUCGGGCAGAGGCAAGAGCAGAGACAGAGGCAAAGGUGAGGGCAAGGACAAGGCCAAGGACAAGGGCAAAGACAGGGAUCCGGCAUCACUCGCCGGCGCGCAAGCGGGGCCGGGCCGGACCAAAGGCCGACUCGCCGGCAAACGGUGUGAUCUCCGGCAGAUCACGCUGGAGCACGUGUUGGCGCUCGAGGCGGCCAGCUCUGUGAGCGAGCUCGACGUGCCGCGGGCCAUGUGUGCGUAUGCGGUCCGCGCCGUGGAGGAGAAAGGCCUCGGCUCGUUGGCGUACGCCUCGGUCCUUGAUCGCGCGCACAUCAAUCCGCUGCUCUCUGGCGAGGCCCGCGAUGAUGCGUACGCCGAGGCUGCCGGCGAGGGCGGACCGACCAAACGGCGGGCGCUCGAUGCGAGCAGCCUGCUGCGGGCUGGGUUGCGAGUGAGCGAAGAGGCGUGUGCCACGCCGGUGGCGCGAUGAAUGGUCAUGAUACAGUUUAUGGGAGCCUGGGGCAUCAGUAGAUGGUGACCGCAUAGCGGACACAGUUGGUGUCGCGGAUCUCGCGGAGGCGACCAGUUGUCCGCAGAAUGUGAAGGAUGGAGCGGCCGGUGCGGUCGACCUUGAUGUGGGAAAAGUUGCGAAUGUCGGCCUCGACAAAGAACUUUUCUCCCUCGGUCUUGCCGUGGAUCUCAUACGAGCGGUAGGCCUUGUACUGGUGGAGCUGGGCGUUGGACAUGGCCCUCGUCGACGUCGCCAUGAGCUCGUACUUGGACUGGAUAAAGGCCGACAGCUCGGCAGCGGCG